AUGGGAAGGGUUAAGCUCAAAAUUAAGAAGUUGGAGAAUACAAAUGGCCUUCAAGCGACCUAUGCCAAAAGGAAACAUGGCAUCAUGAAGAAAGCUAAUGAGUCGAUUCUGUGUGACAUUGACAUAAUCCUUCUCAUGUUCUCUCCCAUUGGCAAGCCUUCAUUAUGCAAUGGAAAGCGGAGUAGCAUUGAAGAGGUCAUCGCAAAGUUUGCUCAAUUAACUCCACAGGAACGUGCUAAACGGAAGCUGGAAAGUCUUGACGCACUGAGAAAGACUUUUAAGAAAUUGGACCAUAAUGUAAAUAUACAAGAAUUUCUGGGUUCAAGUUCUCAAACAAUAGAGGACCUGAAAAAUCAAACAAGAGUAUUGCAAACUCAAAUUUCUGAAAUACAUCACCGUCUGAGCUAUUGGACUAACCCAGAGAAGAUCAACAGCGUAGAACAUUUGGGUCAAAUGGAAAAUUCGAUCAGGGAAUCGCUUAACGAAAUCCGUUUGCAUAAGGAAAAUUUGGGAAAGCAGCAGCUUAUGUCACUAGAAUGCACUGGUCAGUUCCAAAAUGGAUUGCAUAUGCCCUUCAGACUGUGUUCUGAGCGACAGCUCCAACCUCUCUCAUGGAUUCCAGAUAAUGACAAUAGAGAUAUGGUUUUACCAGAGGAUCCAAAUUUGCUUUCGCAUAGGGAUGUAGAAUGUUCUGGAAGUUCUUCUUUCGGGAGUUAUUCUGGCUACUUAGGCACAAAUAAAAGUUCAGAAAUCUCAAAUUCUGGGCAGGACAGCAGCCUACUUAGUGAGUUAACAGGAACUGCAUCAGUGAGGCUGCAACUGGGUGGGCAAUGCUCCUACCAACCGUAUAAUGUCAAUUUUCUGAAUGAUAAAUUCCAACCAGUGUCAGAGUUGAACAUACAAGAUAACCUGGAUUAUCAUGUCAAUGGAAGCUUGGAAACUCCUAGACCUGGGUAUGACACACAUGGUAGUUGGGCCUCCACAUCUGGGCCUUGUGAAGCUAGCUUGUUUGAUGGACACUUGUUUUCUCAGCAACUCAACUGAGAUUGAAAGAGGCUUACUAUUCAGUGAUAGAUGAGGUUAAUGGAGAAGUUGGUCUGUGUAAAUUUCUCAAGCACCAAAGUAGGCCUGCUGAUUUUGCGAUGGUGUCUUAUGGCUAUUCAAAAGCAUGAAUCAGGCAGUGAAAUAUGUGUAAGUGACCUGAUAGUACUUGAUAGAUUGAAUAGUGCUGAGAUAGUUGAAUGAGGCACCACAUUUAUCAUAUUAUAUCAUACAAGUUAUACAACAGUAGGUUUUGGGGAGCUAAUUUUUAUUCCUCCUUUUUGGUGAUGAGAUACAACACAACAGUAGCUGUAAAUUAAAGGGAAAACAAUUAUGUAUAAUAUGAAGUUCCUUUCCAACA